UGCAGUUGCAUGCAGUAAAUACAAUGUUUAUUCGUGUUCCUUGUGCUAUCUAGAUCUUAGCAUCGCCUAAAGUUGUACAAUUUCAAUAGUAAUUUACAUAGUGAUGAUCCCGACACGUCGAAGCUAAACAUGGGAAACGAUCAUUCGCAGCUUAAAGGACUGGAAAUCAGCAGAAAGGCUAUCCAAGUGACCGACUACUGGUCCCUGUACAAUGGAGAAAUUCCGACCGAUUCCACCGUGUCAUCUAUUUCGAUUUUCCAAGGAGAGACACUUGUCACGGGACAAUUUUGGACCAAUCAAAACCCAUUGGAACGUGCAAUUAAAAACCUAAAAGUUUAUCGACAUCCGAACAUUUUAAAGUUUAUUGCUGCAUGGAACAAAGGAUCGUUGAAAAUGUUGGCCACGGAACGGUGCCGGCCUUUAGCCACUUGUUUAAAUAUUAUAAGUGACGUACAGAUUUGCCUGGGAUUGCGAAACGUACUUUGUGCACUAAUUUUCCUGAUGGAGCAAGCGAACGUACGACAUCUAAGUAUUAGCAUAUCAUCGAUUUAUGUCACCGAAGAUGGAGCAUGGAGAUUGGCAGGUUUCGAGCAUCUUUGGACAAACGGAGAUUUUAAUUUGAACUUGUUAGAAAAAUCACAACCAUAUCGCUAUCCGAAGGCGAUUGAUGCGGAUGAGCUGAAGAACAAGGGUCUAGGUGUGGAGCAGUUUGCUUUUGCCGUAAUGUGUGAAGAGAUCUUGCACAAUAAAACGGACAGUAACAUUCCUGCUGUGGAAGAUUUCAAAGCAUAUUGUGCAACCCACCUGAAGCAUGCUAAUGUGUCCAUGCGGCCGAAGCUUUCUGCCAUCCUGCUUCACCCGCUGUUUAAUCAUGAUUUCAUUUUAAUACAUUCGUUUCUAACCGAAUUGCCACUGAAGAGCCCCCAGGCCAAGCAGGAGUUUUUCACUGGACUUGCCGAUAGAUUACGAUUGUUUGAUCCGGAAACCGUAGCGGAACAGAUGGGCUCGUUGCUAUUGUCGCGUAUCGUUUUGCUCGAUACGACGGCUCAACUUUGCGUUACGCCAUUCAUAUUGCGCCCUAAAACGGACGACCUGUCGGCUGCUUUAUUUGCGGCGAAGAUUUUCUCUACCUAUAUCAUUCCUAAAAUUAAACAGGUGUUUUGCGUCCCGGAUGCCCAAAUUCGACUAACGCUGUUAGAGUAUUUUCCGGCCUAUGUAGACUUUUUCAGCAAAGAAGAUUUGAAAGAGCACAUAUUGCCACAGCUUCUUUUGGGUAUUAAAGAUACCAACGAUGUUCUAGUCGCAAAAACUCUCCUUUGUUUGGCAGAUUUGGUACCAGUAUUAGGUUCUGCGGUUGUGAUUGGUGGCAAUAGAAGUAAAAUUUUUGCCGAUGGUCGACCACAAGGUGUUCCUGAUCAGACAAUGCCAUGGAGUGCUGUAAGGUCUAUUACGCCAGUCAUCGGUUCUGGUGAAUUCCUUUCCGGUAGCCCUAUUCCGGGUGGUGGCGACAGAGCAACGGCAACAGAAAACAAUGUGUCGUUUUCAUCCAUUGUAGACUCGGCAGGUUUCAAUUUUAUGCCAGAACGAUUAUCACCUGAAGGUGAGGAUAUCGAUCACACUAAUAGCGAUGUUGAGUUGGAAGUGGAUGAAUGGAGCGAUUGGGAGAAUGACAUGAAUGAGCACACUGUUAAUCAUUUGAUAAAUAAUGAUGAGCAUGAGAUAAUAGCUCCUAUGGGCAAUGACAAUGACCCCUCCACUAAUAGUGAAAUCGCAACCGUCGCAAAUGACUCUGUUACCAUACAAAGUUCGGUUUUGAGACCUGACAACGAAGAAUUGGAGAAGAUAAGGCGCAAAGUUUCUACACAGGACGAAAACAUAGAUAACCUAGAUAUUAAAACGCAACCGUUCAAGAAACCUUUGGAAUCGUCCACUGCGGGUGAUAUGGACUUUUUCAAAGAUAUGGAGCCAGUUAUCCAGAAAGCCAAUGUUCUACUUAUCGAUACGGAAAAACCUACAGACAAUAUCCCUUUGAUAUCUGCGUCAAAGGAAAUCACUGCCAAAACGAAACCAGCAACUCAGGAGCUGGACUCUCCUAAGACGAUGGUUGAUGGUAGCAGAUUCGAUGUAAAAGUUGAAACCCUCGAGGCCAGUGAAGACGGAUGGGACAACGAGGAAAGCGAGUGGUAGGUAGUACGCAUUGUUUAUUAUUUCUUUUAGAUUUUUAUUCAUUUAUAUGCAAGCUUAGUGGUUGUUUAGUCGAUAUGAAUAAUACUUGUUUAAGGAGCGGAUUAAUCCAUCUACAGCAUUGUGCACAUCAUUCAAUAAAAUUGUAAUC